AUUGUGAAUACAGUUCCAGUAGAUGUUCUGUUAGCUGAAGCCCAUCUGUUGAUGCUGUCCAAGGAACAGAGUGUUCCGCUGCUGAAGAAUGUCAUCAGAUCCUGCUUGAGCAACUACCCAAAGCUUAAGAGAGUGAAUGCAGUGGCCAGUGCUACAGCAGAAAUCUUGAGAGACCAGAAAUUGAUAGAAAGUUGCCAGCGAACCCAAGUUAUUGCCAAGUGGGGCAACAGAUUGUCCAAGAUUGGCGUAAUCUUCAACAUCAGUGAAGCUAUGGAAGCUGUGCACAAGCUGACACAGAGCCCACAGUGUGAAGUGGACAUUAUUCUUGAGUUUGUCAGCGAUUUCAACCUGGAGGCCACCCAUUUAAACACUGUCCUUACGCAGUUCUUCGAGGUCUGUCUGACCGUCCACACGGAGGACAAGUUAAACCCUGCUGUGCUGAGGAAAGCUGAAAAUGCCCUUGCGUUUUUUAAAGAGGACUCAUUGAAGAUACUUAAAAAAGUUCUCCAUGAGGUCCAUCCUUACAACUAUGAAGUGCUGCAGUUUCUGUUGGAGAAGAUACAAGAACGAGAAGAAAGCAGAGAAACUCUAAAGGGCUUAGAAUUACUGAGAUACUUGCACCAUUAUAAGAGGUGCAGUACUCCAUCUGGGAUAGAGAGAAAGAAGUUCAGAUGCGUCCCUGAUGAGAGUGGAGAGCUUGGACAUAGUUCCCUACCAGAUUCUGCAUCAACCCGCCUGCCCUUUCACCUCCUACAGUGCAAAGACAGCAUUUGGGAUGUGAUCUCUGCUGAAAUUGGCCCCCACAAUCUCGGCCUGUGGUUGGAGAUGUCCCCAGUUUUAACUAUUUCCAAGGCCAGUAUCCUCUUGAAAGCAUCGACCAACAUGAUAGAAAACUACAUCAAAGCCUCAUCGUCAUCUUCCAGCAGUGAGGCAGUCAGCCAUGAAUUCUUCCAAGUUCUGGCCAAGGUGGAUUCAAUCCUAACUCAGUUGGAAGACAAGGAGAAAGCCGUGUGGUGGUGUCACUCGACAUUCAGCAAGCUCACACAUGUUGGCGAGAAGACGCUAGCACUCCAAGGCUGUGUGAAACAUGCCAAACUGUGGAUGAAGUCUGCCAGUGAGCCACAGCAGAUGGAGGCGGCCAGGAAAUCUGUGGAGAUGUUUUCUAAGAAGCUGCAGCUGUACUCCACAUUAUGGGCAUUGUGUCGAGCCGGCCUGGACAAGGAGAACGAUCUGACAAAGUUGCUCAAGGAACCACAAGAGUUAAUACAGCGGCUCUACUUGAUGCCGCCUGUGGUUGACGAGGACCAGGAGCAGAUGACUGACAUCAAUGCUGUGUGUGAUGAGAUUGCUGACUUGAAUGGGACAAACCUGCUGGAAGUUAGGAAGCUGUUACUGGACAAGUGGCUGCUGGGAACCUCUCUAGUUGAUCAGGACCAGACUUUGACAUUUGAUGUUUUUCCUGCGGAUAAUCAAGUCAGUGAAAAGGAUAACGUGAAGAGGGCCCUGUAUGUGCUGGUGUCCAGAGACAGGUGUGAACUUCUGCAGCAUGUAGCUGCAAUCGCUGAUGCAACAGUCAACUCCACAGCACACAAGAGGGCGCUGUACUGCUUGCUCAAUAUUGCGACGGAGGAGGAAAUUGCUGGACUGCUUGACAGAAGCAGCGGAAA